AGUACCUCGUUUGGGAGGACGUCGUUUCCAAAGUUCGUGAUAUCGAAAUGCGGUGAAUCCGGAAGUAGCGACGCACAUCUACAUGCGAGAUCUCACCUUGAACAUGUAGUCAAUCUUGACAUCGAUGGAGAAACUCCUGCGGUCCGGAACACCGGGAUUAUUUGCACAAUAGGACCGGCUUGCCGAAGCGUGGAGAUGCUACAGAAGAUGAUUGAGUCAGGCAUGAACAUCGCUCGACUGAACUUCUCCCAUGGCACACAUGAGUAUCAUGCCGAGACGAUCAAACUCAUCCGUGAGGCUGCCGACUCGAUGACUUCUGUUACGCGACCAGUCGCAAUCGCCUUGGACACGAAGGGACCCGAAAUUCGCACUGGAUUGAUGUUUGGGAGUGCCACGGGUGAGGCGAGUCUCGAGGUUGGAAUGGCAUUGCGUGUGACGACCGAUCCAAAGUAUGCUGACAAUUGCUCGGAAAAACUUGUCUACGUGGAUUACCCGAAUAUUGUCCACGUACUCCAAGUCGGUUCGAAGAUCUUUCUGGAUGAUGGACUCCUCAGCCUCGUUGUUCGAAGCAAAGGUCCGGAUUUCUUGGACUGUGAAGUGGAAAACGGUGGAAAGUUGGGUUCACGCAAAGGGGUAAAUCUUCCCGGAGCUAUGGUCGAUCUACCUGCGGUAUCGGAAAAAGACAAGGCAGAUUUACGCUUCGCUAUUGAACAUCAUGUCGAUAUUGUGUUCGCAUCGUUUAUUCGGAAUCCACAAGCCGUGAUAGAGAUCCGUGAACUGUUGGGUGAGGCUGGAAGCUACAUCAAGCUCAUUGCAAAGAUAGAAAAUCACGAAGGUGUUAAACGGAAGACGGCAAUUACCAGCGCAGCUGAGUUUGCUGGUAAUAGCUUUUAUACUUCGCUGUCAAGUGAUUGUUUGACCGCCCCUGGCUCUCUUCCACCCUUCAUGUGGUUGUCGAAAAGAGCCCCUUCGAGGAAGUUGGACGACUGGCAUACGCAGCACGUGGCCAAGCAGCGCAACUUGUGCAGUGUGAUCAUUUCAUCCAUCGAGACCGCCAAACAUGCCUUCUUCUACCUUUUGAACAGUUUCAACGAAAUCCUCGAGGUUGUUGACGGAAUCAUGGUUGCUCGUGGUGAUCUUGGUAUUGAAAUCCCAGCGGAGAAAGUAUUUUUGGCCCAAAAAAUGAUGAUUGGUCGUUGCAACCAGGUCGGGAAGCCGGUCAUUUGUGCCACACAAAUGUUGGAAUCCAUGACCUACAAACCCCGACCGACUCGAGCCGAAUCAAGCGAUGUGGCCAAUGCUGUUCUGGACGGAGCCGAUUGCGUUAUGCUAUCAGGUGAAACCGCCAAAGGCUUGUACCCUCUGGAGACGGUUCAAACAAUGCAUCGGAUUUGCUUGCAGGCCGAGUCAGCCAUGUUUCUUGGUCAAAUGUUCGAAGAUCUCAAGGCCUCAAUAUCUGGACCCACCGGAAUGACCCAUACGACCGCAAUUGCUGCAGUCGAGGCGGCGAACCGUUGCAAUGCAUCGGCUAUCAUUGUGAUCACGACAUCUGGAGUGUCAUCUCAGUUGAUUUCACGGCACCGUCCACGAUGUCCAAUCUUCUCCGUGACUCGUCACGCCUUGACGGCGCGUCAGGCUAAUUUGUUCCGAGGCGUGCAUCCUCUCUACUAUGGAGAACCUCGAAUUCCUCAGUGGGACGAAGAUAUGGAUCGCCGUAUUCACUUCGCUAUCGAGUAUGGUCGAAAACGGAACUUCCUCGCGCCUGGCAGCUUUGUCAUCAUUGUCACUGGUUGGAAGGCUGGAUCUGGCUCGACCAACACGCUAAGAGUCAUCCGACUGGAAGAUGCAGAGACCAAACCGAUUGUCGCUGCCUCGAGCUUCAGCCGUUUCUAAACCUUGAUUACACCCCAACACCAACAUUGUCGAAACCUCCCCCCCCUUGACCUAUCGUCCCAAUUCUCUGCACGCGCAGCUUUCCGUUUUAGUGUCCUCCUAGAAAAACCUCUCUAUCUUUUGAACUGUUUCUCUUUGACCACGGCGAACGGAAUGACCACGACAAACUACUGCUACUCUGCGUCCUCCCCACAUACUUGGUAAUGGUCUAACCCUAGAUGAUUUUCUCGAUCCUUCCUGUGUAUUUUAUCCGACAGAUGCAUGUACCGAAAGUAUAUUGUUCUAUGUUUGUGUCGACAUUGGACACCGACUACCCACUGGUUCUGUAUUUUACUUAGCUUUUUCUCUUCGUUCCCUUCCAUGCCGCUCAACUUCUCGGCAUCUUCUCAAACCUAGUCAUUUUUACUGCAUUACUUUGAUAUUUCAAACAUGCAGUUCUUCAUCCUGACGAAAUUCACCUCAUUCUUCGGUAGCAAUCGUACCAGCUACUACCAGGUACAAUAAUAGACUGCGUACUCAGAGACACACACAUGCAUGUGUAUUUCUUUUCAUUCAUUGUGAAGGAAGGUUACCAGCUU